GUAGUUGUCCAGCAUGUCAACAUCCAGGGUCUGGGGAGAACCAAAGAAGACCUGCUUGGUUAUGAGAUCUCUGAUGUUUUCCAUGCCAAAAAUCUGAUAGAUGUGAUGAAGAGAGCUCAUACGGCCAGACAGAAGCUUCUUCGGCUGGGAAUCUUCAAAGAAGUGGAGGUUCUCAUUGAUACAUCUGAAGGUGCAGAUGCCCUACCCAAUGGUUUGGAUGUCACUUUUGAAGUGACAGAGAUCAAAAGGCUAACAGGAAGUUACAACACAAUGGUUGGCAACAAUGAAGGAAGCAUGGUCCUGGGUUUGAAGCUUCCCAAUGCGUUUGGCCGAGCUGAGAAGCUCACCUUUCAGUUCUCCUAUGGGACAAAGGAGACAGCCUACGGUCUGUCAUUCUUCAAACCACAACCUGGAUUCUUUGAACGCAACCUCACCCUCAACAUGUAUAAAGUAACCGGGCAGUUUCCUUGGAGCUCCUUGAAGGAGACAGACAGAGGCGUGUCUGCUGAGCUAAAUUUUCCUCUUGGUAUGACCAACCACACAUUGAAGUGGGAGGGAGUAUGGAGGGAGCUGGGCUGCCUGGCACGCAGUGCUUCCUUUGCUGUGCGAGAGGAGAGUGGACACUCCCUCAAGUCUGCACUUUCACACACUAUGUCAAUCGAUUCAAGAAAUUCUGCAAUCUUUCCCAGCAGAGGUGCCUUACUACGCAUCAACCAGGAACUGGCUGGAUACACCGGAGGAGAUGCCAGUUUUUUAAAAGAAGAUUUUGAGCUACAGCUUAACAAACAGCUCUUCUGGGACUCUGUCUCGUCUGCAUCUCUGUGGGGCGGCUUGCUUUAUCCCAUCGGAGGGCA